AUGCAAUAACAUAAAGUUAUUUUUGGUAAUAAGCAAAUUCUGUAUACCACCACUUAAAUCUACUUUUAAGGCACUAAAUAUAAAUUAUUUUUGACUUCAGAAUGCAAUCAUGUAGUCAAAAUUUAUGAUGCUGGAUAAGAGAAGGUAUAUAAUUAUGUUCUAAUUUUUAUAUAGUAUUUGAAUACCGAAUUAUAAGCUGUUCAUCUCUUCAGGGAUAAUGGGUGUAACAACAUAGCAAAAUCAACUGAAGGAGAAUUAUAAACAAAUAAAAAAGUAAUUGUUUUUGAAAAAGCUGAAGUCCUCCAAAAUAUUUUGAAGGAUUCUUAAUAAGGUUUAGCAGAACCUCAAGUCCUAAAAGUAAGCAGAAAAAUAAGCGUAGAUCUUAUUAGAUUUAAGCAAAGCAUUAUAGCACUGUCAUUCAUUAGGUAUAACACAUAGAGAUAUCAGGCCAGAAAAUAUUUUAAUUGGAUUAGAUAAGCAAGCAAAAUUAUGGAAUUUUUAACGCUGUUUUUUCUAAGUAUAUAUAAAAUUCUAAUUAGCAAUAUGAGCAAAUACCAAAUGAAUAUUUGGGAAGAAUCAAAGAAGAAAUUGAAAUGAACACUUUUGAACAUGUAAGAGCUCCAGAAUAAAAAGAUUUCUCUCAAAGAUUGCCAAUUACUACCAAAGUAGAUAUUUAUGCUCUAGGAUAAUUAAUGUAUUAUAUGAUAUUUAAAGUCCGAUAUGAUUAAAAUCCUAAUUGGGAAGGAAAGUAUAAGUUUAUUUAUAUAAGUGCUUAAUGGGGUGUGUAUAGUUUGAAAUUAUAAAAUUUAAUCAAAUAAUUACUCGCCGUUAAUCCAUAGGACAGAAUAUCAGCUGAAUAAAUAGAAAAAUAUAUUAAUUCCUUUAUUAUCUAAUACAAGUAAGCCGCAAUAUUCUAAUUUUAUAGUGGAAUGUCAUAAUAGAUACAUCUACGAAGCUAAUCAACCAAUGAGAUAUUGAAUAGAGUGACAAUCAACCAAAAUCAAGAAAUAGAGAAGGGUCAUUCAUUUGAAUUUAAAGACUUUUAAUAGCCAUAAUCUUCAUUAUCAACAAGAUUCGUAAAAUUAGUCAGUAAAGUUGCUUAAAAGACGGACUUUUGGGUUGCUGCCUGUUUAGAAGAAGUUGAUGCAGCUCCAUGUUAAAAAUAUUUCAGAUAUCUUCAUUGUAAAGCAUGGUAAAAGAAAGAAAAAAUUCCUAAAUUUUAUGAGAAAGUAUCAAAUCGACUCUAACUAAACUCUGUGAUAGUAACGUUUAAAGCAUUGCAAUUAAUACAUAACUAUGUUAAAAAGGGCCCAUAGGAAACUAUUAUAAUAUAACAUUAAAUAUAUUCUCCAAAUGCUAUUUUAGAGAAAAUCAAAAAUUAUUAGGAAUCAAAUUAAAUGAAAAGCUCUAAAGAUAAAUUUAGGACUUAAUUUUUUACCAAUUUAUUGUAUUCUUAUUCAAUAAUUUUAUUGGAGAAAGUGAAUUUUCAUACAUUUUAUCUAAAGUUUUUUGAAGGUAAUUAUGCUAUGAUUCCUUUCUUCAAUAAAAAGAAUGGAACUUAAACCCAAAGACUAAGUGUAGCAAUAUUAAACAAUAUGAUGAACUUAUGGAAAAAAUUAUUAAACUUCACUUCAAAUAUAUAAUUUUAGGAAUAGAAUUUAAUUAAUUUAUAAUUGGGUCUUGCUAUUACUAUGGCAGAUGAAUUGUACAAUAUCUUGUGUACCUUCACUCAUAUCUUUUAUGCAUUGAAGUAAAGUACUAAUUAUAUCAGUGGAUAACCCAAUUAUAAUAAUGAAGUCAAAUAAGCUUUUCUAACAUUAUAAGACGAUUAUUCAAUAAACUUUUAAUAGACUAUUAAUUUCUUUUCUAUCUGCAAAAGAAUACCAUAGUUUUAAUAAUUAAUACCAGACCCUUCUAAAAACGCAAUCGAGACUCUUAAAAAAUUGCCCUUAUUUUAAUCAACAAGAGGAGAAUUUAAUAUAUAUGAUUUCUUAAGCUAUUCCAUGUCAAUCGAUGGAAUUAAAUUACCUUAAAGUUAUGGGGAAAUAAUGAUUAACCAAGUAGUAGAAUAUGAUGAAGAAGUAGUUGAAUUAGAACCUAAAUAUUAGAAGUCAAAUUCAUAUCCUAUAAAAGCAGUAACAUCUUGUUCAAUAUAAUAAGAGAAAUAAAACCAAUUUAAUUUUGAAUUUGAAGAACCAUCCAAAAUUAACAAUAACAAUAACUAUUCUCUAAAAAGUUUAGAUGAUUAAGCUAAUAAAUAAUAGUUUUGGCAGAAUCAAAUGAUUGACAACUAAAGAGAAUCUAUAAAUGUUAAAAAUACAGAAUUAAAGAAAAAGCAAUCUAAACAAUAAUAACAAGGAGAAUACAAAGGAUUAGAUUUCUCUGAUGAUGAUGAUGAUCAUAUUAUGAACGAUUAAUAAAAUGAGGAUGAUGAUUCUGAACAAUUGCCCAAUAAACCGAUUGAACUAUAACAAACAAAAAUACGAGCCCCGUUAUCUAAUUAAAAUGUGUAAUUAACAAAAGAAUUGUUAAAUGAUGAGGGAUUUUUAAAUUGGAGAUCUAAGCAAAAUAAUCAAAUUAAGUAAAAUGGAUAAAAUCAUAGAAUUUAAUCAGCUAAUUCUUAAUCAAAUAAUAUUUUUGAUUAAUUUAAUAUAAAUUAAAAUUAGAAAUCUUAGGUCUUUGAUAAAACUGAUCAACCCUAAUCAAACACCUUUUAAAUUGUUGAUUAUUUUCAUAAAUAAGGCAAAAGUAUAGAGAUAUAUUUAUUAAUUCUUAGAUGUCUCCGAGUGGAUGAUUAAUCAUGAUUAAUUAAAGUUAGAAACACUAAUAGGAACAGGUAGUAGUUGCACUGUAUAUAAAGGGUAUUGGAAAGGAGGAGAAGUUGCAAUAAAAAAAAUGAAGAUUAAAUCAUUAAAUGAAAAUCAUUUAAAAGAGUUUAGAAGAGAAAUUUCAGCUUUAGUGACUAUAUAACGGCAUUCAAAUUUAGUAUAGCUUUUGGGAAUCUCGUAAAAAGAAGAUGAAUUACAUAUUGUAACAGAAUAUUGUGCUGGAGGAACACUCUUUGACUUGUUGCAUAAAAAAAAACACUUAGAAAUAAAUUGGUAAUUAAGGGUAAAAAUGGCAAUUCAAAUAGCUGAUGGCAUGCUUCAUUUACACAAAUUGAAUCCUCCAUUAAUACAUAGAGACCUUAAGAGUUUAAAGUAAACAAAUAUUAUAUUGAGUAGUAUAUUACUUGAAUAAACUUACGAUUCGAAUAGGAUAAAUAUCAAGAUUGCUGAUUUCGGAUUGGCUAGAGUACAAGCAGAUAAUGGUGAAUAAAUGACAGGUGUCCUGGGAACUUUUGUAUUUUAUAUCUAUUACAAUAGCAUUGGAUGGCUCCAGAAGUGUUUUAAAAUGUUCCAUAUACAUUAAAAGCUGAUGUCUAUUCAUAUGCAGUAAAAAAAUCAGUUCUAUGAAAUUUAGAUAGUUUUAUGGGAAAUAUGUUGUAGAGAAACUCCAUAUAAGUAAUUUUCCACUAAUCCCCCUGCUAUCAUGAAAUUAGUCACAGUAGAUAACGGAAGGCCUGAUCUUAGUUUAAUAUAGACAGGAUGUCCUCCCUUUUUGAAAGAGUUGAUGAUUAAAUGUUGGGAUAAAGAUCCUCUAAAAAGACCCUCUUUUUUAGAAGUUGUAUAGUACCUUAAGGGAUUUUAAUGA